AUGAGGCGUGCGCGUAGCGUCACGGGGCCGCUGCGGCGCGCUCACCCCGCAUCGGGGGCCACCUGGAACGUCCAGGUGGUGCGAGGCAAGAUGAGCUCGCAAUGUUUGUGGCAUGCAUGCCGGGCGCUCUCUGCAGGAUUGCUCCUUAUGCUGCUUGGAGCUGCCAUGGCCACAAUCGGCUACUACGCCGACCAGUUAUCCGUAGCACAAGAGAUCCGCGGCAAUGCCACGGUAUCCGUCAAGGACGAGGCUCGCGGCUUCCAUCUUAACAAUCUUUCUUAUGCUGGACCCAUCGUCAUGGGAUUUGGAGGCUUUAUAGUAGUAGCAGCUUGCGUGAUGACAUUUGAGGCACGUGAUAGCGCAGCGAAGGUAACUCCAGCGCGGCCUACAGCGAUGCCGCGGCCAGCGCAGCGGCGAUGCCCGCCUUGCGCUCCUACGCGGUUUGACCAGCUCGGCGUCUACCGUCUGCCGCACGUGCUGCCGCUACCGCAUGAACUACCGCUCUUACCCCCGCAUAGACAUCACCACAGGCCCCAUGCUGCCGACAGAGCGAAGGCGGAGCGAGGCUCAGGGCGCGCGCGGUUCAGAUCUGCACCGGACCUGAGAGGCAGUGGUGCACGCGCCGUACCCGUUAGCGCGCUGCGUCGUCCGCUGCGCCGCUACGCGCUAUCCGUCGAUGAACCGCCACACUCAGCCGUCAGCGCAAGCGCGGUGGAGUCAGAAUGCGGCUCUCAGUCAUCACUUGCGCUAGACCUGCAUGGCAGCGGCGCAUGCGCCGGCGUAACACUGCGUGUGCGUGACAACACCCGCCGCCGCCCGCUCGCCAGGCAGCAACGACUGCGAGACGACGCUUUACAUCCAACUCCAGGAGAGAGUAUCAACAAUAUAAACAACAUUGAGCAGUCAAUACAGAGAGAAAAUGUGGAAGAGAUAUGCAAGGAUACAGUAGAGUUAGUUCGCCUAUCAGUGGCGCACGAGCGGGGCGCGAGCAGCGAUCCGGGCAGGCUAGAGGUGUCGCCGCCACCAUCUCCGCGGCUAGUGUUAACACCGUGUUCACUCUCCGCCUCGCCACUCAACGACACCACCAUCCUUAUAGAGCAGCCGGAGCCUGACUGUCACGACGAACCCCCUCCGUCAACUUCCGAUGACCCCGAAGCUCCAUCUCCACCUCUUGAAGCACCCGAUCUUCCCGCGGACAACACCUGUUGAUAAAAGUUUUGAAACAUUUAUACAAUAUUUUGGUUAUCCUAUAUUAUACCUGAAGUGUUAUACUAUCUUUGAACUUUUCGAUGUAUCUUUAAAGACGGCGGCGAUUAUCUAUUUUUUAAACACUGUUGAGUAAAUGUGCGUAAAGAAAAAAUAGAAACUUGUUCUAUUAAUCUAGCAUUAUGGUACAGUAAGAAUCGGUGACGUAACAAGGCUGUGUAGUAUGUACUUCGCCGCCCUAAUUUGUAGAGGGUUUAUAGAAGAGUUUCCCUUGUAGUCAGUAUAAGCAAUGUCGACGAAAAUAAACAGACUGCUAUAGUCAACAACGACUGAAUCAGUAGAUGUGUGUAUUAAGUAUGUAAUAGGCAGACAAACGUUAUUAAAAGAGGCGAAAAUGAGGCCAAGAAAGUAUAGGAUUUAUGCUACAAAAAUACUACACAUAUUGUGAAGUAUUUUGUUUACAAGAACUCUAAGUCUAAAUCUGAUUGAAAUAAAUGAAUGAAAUCUGAGUUUAAAUAGCUCAAGUAUCAUAUAAAAACAAGCGUUGGUUUAAAUUUCGUAUCGCUAUUGAUGUGCAUUUUCUCCACUCAUUCAACUUUAUAGAGAUAUGUAUCCCCAUUUUAUAGUGAGUAGUUGAAGACAAUCCAUAUAUAAGUUAAUUAUAAGCAUAUUCUUGUUCAGGAGCACAUCAAGCUUAAUACUUUGGGCCGUUUUUAUCGUAAGCUCUAGUUGAAUUGCAAUCUUAAGUGUCAAGCAUAACGUGCUCUUAACGUACUAAGCCAUGAAUCAAUUUAUUAUGAAAGAAACAUCGAUAAAUGAUCAUAAAAGAUUUCAAUUUGUUUGUAACGUGUUGCUUUGCAAAUUAUAUAAAAAAGACUGAUAAAAGCGAAUUUUGUAAAAGAAAUAUAAUCACAUAAAUAAACUUUAAUUAACAUAAUUAAAGCAUCCGAAACGUACAGGUACUAUUUUUUCCACUUUCCAGUUAACUAAUUUAUACCAAGAUCAGUCAAACAAUAUUAACUUUCUAAAAUAUUGAAUUUUAAAUAAAACAAUAAUAAACGAUGUGAUAAAUAUACAUAAAUUGCGAUGUUUGUCAAUAUUGCAUUCAUUUUAGUCAAUAUAAUAGUUUAAUUACAACAC